UCAAAUCAGAGAACAUCACAUGGCACCGUCUGCAAAUUUUCCCUCACCAUUUUCUCUCUCUCUCUCUCACUCUCACACAGCUCAUUCCCAAAGAGUCAUACCCAGAAAUCUAAACUCAGAGCAUUCAAUUCUACUACCUUGAUUCUCUCUCUCUCACACAGCUCAUUCCCAAACAGUCAUACCCAGAAAUCUAAAACUCGGAGCAUUCAAUUCUACUACUUUGAUUUUCUCUUCUUUUUUUUCUUUGCCACGAAAACGAAGUCCUGUGAUCACAUUCCACCUUCAAUUCUAUUCACAUUCUGACUUUAGUACCCAGAUAUUGUCUCUCUCUCCUGCAAAUCCAGUAAAACAAAACCCACAAUUUUUCUUCAUCAGAAUCCAUACCAAAACAACAAUUCUCAUGAAAAAAUGGAACACAAACACAAGCUCAUACUAAUACUAGCACUAACCUCAUUCUCCAUCUCGAUAAUUAUCAUCCUCAUGAUCUAUUUAUGCCGUAGAAGGUCAUCAAGAGACGAAUCAAUAGAUGCAGAAUCUGGGUUUGAGUUCAAAGAGAGAGGUGAGUUGGGAACAGAGGACUUGAUCCAGUUCCAAUGCGGUGAAGAUCUCACUGUGCAUGACAUAUUGGAUGCUCCUGGUGAAGUAAUUGGGAAAUCUAGCUAUGGAACUCUGUACAUGGCGAGUUUGAUGAGGACUGACUCGGUUCUGUUGCUUCGGUUUCUGAGGCCUACGUGUACUGUGAAGAUGAAGGAAGUUGUGCCUGUAAUUCAGUUGUUGGGGUCAAUUAGGCAUCCCAAUUUGGUACCUCUUCGAGCAUUUUAUGCAGGGUCCAGGGGUGAGAAGCUUCUAGUGCAUCCCUUUUAUGGCCGUGGAAAUCUCACGCAAUUCAUGAGAGAUGGAAAUGGUGAUUCUCACAAAUGGGACACCGUAUAUAGGAUCUCAAUUGGUAUUGCCAGAGGGUUAGAUCAUCUUCACUCCGGAUUGCAAAUGCCUAUAAUCCAUGGAAAUCUCAAGUCAAAAAACAUAUUAUUGGAUCGCAAUUACCAAUCGUAUGUGUCAGAUUUCGGCCUACAUCUCCUCUUGAAUCCCAUGGCAAGCCAAGAAAUGCUCGAAGUAUCUGCAGCUGAGGGAUAUAAAGCCCCCGAGUUGAUUAAAAUGAAGGAUGUAAGUGAAGAGACUGACAUUUACAGCCUUGGUGUGAUCUUAUUAGAACUGCUUACGGGUAAGGAACCAAUAAAUGAGAACCCAGCCCCUGAUGAGGAAUUUUAUUUGACUAACUCCAUGAGAAAUGCAAUCUUUGAGCAUCGAAUUUCUGAUCUAUACCAUCCAGACAUUCUUCUUAGGCAAAGCGGUAAUCGAAUCCCAGUAACUGAAGAGUGCAUCCUCAAAUUCUUUCAACUUGCAAUGGCUUGUUGUUCUCCUUCUCCUUCUCUUAGGCCUCACAUAAAGCAAGUUCUUGGGAAGCUUGAAGAAAUUGAAAAGUAAGAUGCUGGAUUUUUUUUGCAGAAACUAUACAUGGUGUUGAUCAGAGUCAUAUGAGGCAAUUGAUUCGAAGCUGAAAUUAUUGGUAGUUGUGCUAAUCUAACUUUUUCAUUCUCACUGGUCACAAAAAUAAUGAUGAUAGUGAUGAAGACAUCAAUCUUUUGUGGGGAAGUAGUGGCUUGAAGCAAAAAGUUGAAAAUUUCUGCCAUUCAAUUUUGGUUAUGGAUUUGUUGACAUGGACACUAAGCAAAGUUUUAUUGAUGUGGUGGUCCCUUUGAGGAAGAAUGGUUCGAAUAUUUCUGCAAACAAACAAGAAUUGUAGAGUUGGCAAUUGGAUUCAGUGAAUUGUAGCACAUCUUUCAUUUCCAAACAUCAGCAAAACAGGAUUGUUGAUUGAUUGGGUCACAACUUUCAUAUAUGGAUACAUUAUUUGCAACAUCAUUAACAAACCUCUCUAUGACGCCAUGGGCUUCUCUGGCAUAAUCGUAUGGUGGAGAGAAGCAUUGGGACAGGGGAACAGGAAAGGAUCGGGAUCACUAACAUACGGAUAUUGAAACAUUACUUGAAGCAUGAAGCAAGGCUGGAGCUUAAUUACAGUUGGUUUUCUAGUUCAACUACUUGUUGUCUUGAUCAGGUGAGUCUACACACUUGACAGACAUUCAAGGGAAUGGUAUGAUUGAUGAUCAGUUGUUAACACGUAUCUUAGAACCUAAAAUUGGGGGUCACAUUGGAGAUUUGUCUUUGGUCCAUGGUAGUUGGUCCAUUGGCGAGUCCUUUUCCCUGGCACAUGGAAACAACAAUUGUAAUUUUGAUGGUCUGUUGAAAAAAUUAGUUUUCAGUUUUGUCUGUUUCGAUGAAAUCAAUGUGUGCACACCUUUUUCAGUCAAGAUUCAACUGUAUAGAUAUGAUAAAUAUAUUGAAAGGAUUUUUCCUAUAUAAUA